CAAGUACAAGGGGUGGAAAAGGACGUCCUGUAGGCGGGACUGGGUGUUCAAUUUAAAGCGCAUUAUUCAUACACCACGCACGCAAACAAAUGGACUUCUAUAGUUUUCCUCGACUUACGUCACCACAGAUCUCGUCAAACCGUUGCGGUUGUUACUCAUAUCUGCAUGCUUACAAAAUCUUUAGUACUUAAAGAGUAGAGAUAUAUAUUUAUUUAAUUAAUAAUUUUAACCCACUUUAUUAAGUAUAAAAGCUUUAAAGGAAUUCAAAUUUAACAGUUAAUAUUUUUUAUUAUAUGUACAAUAACUUUCAAAAGGUAUAGAGAAUUUUUGAUCUUAUAAGAAUUUCAAGCAUCAACGUAAAUAUAGUAAAAUUUAUAUUUUACGUGGUACAGAAGUGUCACUGUGAUGAUAUUGUGACGCAUUAAAUAAGAAGAUCUGAGGAAAGAAAAACGAGACAAGCAAAAGAAAAUAGUGUUUGUUCGGGUCUCAAGCGUUUUAAUUAGUUUGUUGAAAAGAACGUUCACUUUAAAUAAAGAUUUAUGAGGAAAAUUUCAAUUGAAUGGAGUUCUGUCUAAUUUGAAAACGACAUUGACUUCAAUAAGACCGUAUUAUAUUUGACCACUAACAACCCUCAAUAGCGAACAGUGCUAUUGUUUGUACUAGGAUUAUGUCCGGUACAAUAAAAGAUGUGCCAGCUGACUGUAGAAACAGUGAUUUGAUAAAUCGAUUAUUAGCCGCAACUCCGCCUUAUCAAACAAAUUCCACUUUUGUACCAUCAGGAUUUUAUUUCAGUGAAAUGCUAAAGCGGUUUGUUCAAGCAAAAUCAUGUACGUCAUUACCUUUAAACAAAAAAGGAAGAAAACGAAAUUGGAAAGAUAAUAGUAAAUUAGAACCCUCAUUAGUCGAACAUAAAAAAAAUAAAGUUGAAUUUGCAAAUACUCCUCAGACUCUAUCAGAAUCACAAAUCCCCUUGUGGUAUCCAAGUUUUUAUCAGCCUUCAUAUCCUCCAUUAUAUUUUAAAUCUCUUGAAACGGAACCAUUAAACUUGCAGAUUCGUUCAGAUUCAAUAAAACAAGAUAGACAUUAUUCGGCUUUUAGAGUUCCCGAAUCUUCUAACAUAGAAGACCACGAAAAAACUAAUAACAAACAGGGAACAAAUUAUCUAAUGGAAAAUUUAACAAAAAUUUAUAAGCAAGUAGCACCAGAAGAAGAAAAUAUUAUAGACGUGGAAGGAGAUGAAUCUACAGGUUUAGAAACGUCAAAAACUGAAAAAAGUGACAAAAAAGACUGUGAAGAUUUAACAGCAUUAAUUGGAUUAGAACUAGUUGUUGACUAUGUUAAACACGGAACCAAUAAAAACGAAUCUCAAAAACAAAAAACUAAGGCUUUUAAAAAUCAUAAUUUAUCAUAAGAUAUUUUUUUAGUCGGUAAUAAAUUUCUAAUUUGGAAGUUUUAAACACGUUUUACGUGUAAAUAUUGAAUAAAAAUCAUUAGAACUAACUUAAAUGACGUAAUAAAUAUGAUGAAAAAUUCCUUAAUUUAACAACAAACUAACAUUUUUUUAAAAAGGAUAUGAUAAUAUAAUGAUUUAAAAAUAAUGAUUAGAUUUCUUAGGUUAUUAGACAGAUAUGAUAUCUAUAAAUACGUAUUCACGUAGGCAGACAUUUUUUAAAACUUUUAGGUGGCUAAAAUUGUCUAACAAUGUAAAAUGUCCCGAAGACAUAUCGCUCACACCAUAAUAUGAUAUUUUUUAAUUAUACUUGUUAUGAAAAUGCCUUAAAAGAUUAGUAAAACUCAAUAUUUAGCUGCUUAAGAUCAUAUUUUUCUUUUUCAUAUAUUUUUAAUUUUUCAAAUUACUCCUGAAAAAUUAAGGUUUCUAAAAUAUGAUAUCGUUGAAAAGAGUGAGCGACAUAAACACAAUACAAAUAAAAAUUUUAACUUAAGAUUGAUAUUUCUUUAGACUAAGCCUCUUUCUCAAAGUUUGCUAUUAUGCAUUCAUUUUUUUUUGUUUUAUCAUUGAAAAUAGAAAGAAUAGUUACAUUAUUGAUAUUACAUAAUUGUAGAACGAUGAUGUAAUUAUGUUUAUAUUGAUCAUUAUUUUGUAAUUACUCAAAAAACAUAUUUUUUUAUAUUUGAUUUCUUAAUCAAUUCUGCAAAAAUAAAUUUAAUCAAAUUUAAUUUAACAUAAACAAAAAAAAAUAUGAUUUUACUUAUUAAUUCAAACUAAUUAUCUUAUACUAAUAAAUGAAAAAAUGUUUUUGCUUUAUAUAUUUAUUUACGAUAGUUUCAAUUUAAUUACAUUUUUAAUAUCCAUUAUUAGUAGAAAAAAAAUGAUCUAAUAAGAUUUCAAAGUGUAUCCGUACAGUAUAUAUAUAAUAUUAUAUUUAGUUGUAUUUAGUAGCUCGCGAGUGAUGAAUAAUAUUAAUGAAAUUUAGUUGUACCUAAUUAAUUUUAUUUAAAUGUAUAAAUAUUAAGAUGUUAUGAUUCACCUAUUAUAAUAUUAAAAUUAAAUAGAAUGCAAUGUGAAAAUCAUAAUUUAAUAACAAUGUAUACUUC